AGGAGACUGUCGUCUGCUGGGAGCUAAUUGCGAUCGCUGUGGUCGAGUUGAAUUUUCCUUCAAGAUGGUUACAGUUGGUCACUGGGUGACGUCACCAUACUGCUUUUGCCGCGGAGCCGCCUGGAAUGCAGUCCAAGCUGUGCGGAUUAUGCCCCCUGUCGGCGGCGGGUUUGCGCUGGUGCCGAUCGCCGGCCUAUCAAGGGAGGAAACUGCGAUCCUGGCGGCGUUUCUCAUAGCGCUCGCCUUCUUCCUGUUCUUCCUCUUCUGUAUCUUGUGUUGCCUCUGCCCCUGGCUCGGAUGGUGGGGGGGAUUUUUCGGCGGUGGUGCUGCGGCGGGAGCAGGAGGAAAACACAAACACGAACAUCUGAACGCUGUGACAGGUGCCGCAAGCGCUGCUAGUGCCGCUGGUGCCGCUGGUGCCGCUGGUGCUGCCGCGGCGGCGGGUCGCAAGAAUGAAGGUGGACACUUGAAUGAAGUGUAUAAAUUACCCCGUGCAUGGGUCGAUACGUUUCGAGGAAUUCCAGAAGACCAGCUUGAUGCAAAAAUUAGGGAAUUGGAAUCGUCCGGCUGGGCGGGUUUACGUCACAACUCGGGGUCGGGGUAUGGUGGUGGAGGAUACACCGCGUCUAGUGGCUACUCUACUGGUAACCGGGCCAUGAUGCGCGGAGCUGGCGGCCCUAUCGGUGUUUCGGGGACUGGUGACGUCAUCAAUAGAAACAUGUCUACGUUUUCCUCCCAUCAUGGCGCUCUGACGUCAGGACGUGAUGCGAUGAUGGCAUGUGGUUACGGUGACGACUUGGCUUCUGGUUAUUCCAGAAGUGGGUUGUCGGCUUCCUCAAAUAACAACAUGUUGUCAGCCCGGGGUGGUCCAAUAGUACAAGGGCACCAUACGACUGACGUCAUAAACUACACCCGCACGAACGAAUUCUCCAGCUCGCGUGACGCCACAAACAACGAGAGGCGUGGUUACGCGAACGAUUUCUCCUCCUCCUCCUCCUCUCGUGACGUCACGGACAGCGGAGGGCGGGGCGUUGGCAACAUGGCCGUGAGCACGUUGAGGGAUGUGGGGGAGGCAGCGGGGUGUGUAGAGGGUCUGAAGACGGUGCAGCUGGUGAAGGAGACGUCACAAAGGACGACCACGACGUUCGAUGGCGACGGCGGCAAAGAGACCAAGAGGACGACGACAACUAAAUACUCGACCGGCGGCGUCGCCGAAAAACUAGCGGAAAUAAAACAGAUGUUCUUCGGAGGCCCAAAAGAGGUAGUUGGUGGCAGUCGCGUGACAUCCACCACAAUGACCUCCAACAGUGGAGGUCGAGAGAUUGCCAAGGUAACGAGUACAGGGUAUCCAGCUGUGAUGACGUCAGGGACUGGAGGCAUGGAGAUGGUGUCUAUGUCGAACCGCGGUGCGCAGGGACAGGGAGCGAUAAUACUGCAAGGAUUGAAUAGCGACGAUUACUUGUACGAGAGAGAGAUACAGAGAGAAAUCAAGUUCUCGAACAAAGAAAAUUUCACGAAGCUGUAUAACGCAUACCGACGUUAUCUCACAGAUACCGACAAAAAUACACAGCUGUGAUGACGUCACCCCACUACAGCCGCCUCUAUGACGUCACGACCGGCACUGAGUUAACUUAAAGGUGCACUCUCAAGGCUGCCUUCCUUAUUUCUUAACUUUUGCUUUGAAAAGUAUGUGUUGGAUCUAUUAACUUAUAGUUUAUUAUUAACAUUUGUAAAAAUAGCGAAAUAUGGCAAUUGUAACUGGUAUAUCAUAGGCCGUGAUAUGUUAUAUGCUGUAGAUUGUUCAAAUAAAAGAGUCCUUGCUACUGAUGGAAACACCGUCCUCGGUGGUGUCGUGGUUAGGCCAUCGGACAUAACCCAGAUCCUACCAGCUUUGAGCAGCCAAUGGCUUAACCAUAUAGCACCGUGUGUGACCAGUGAGUUUCUACCUCCCGUCCCCCGGUACUUGGAUGCGAACUCAAAACCUACAGGCCUUGACUAGCCAAUACGGCUGAGUGUGUGGCCAGCGAGUUUGCGAGACGACCGCUUGUCAUGGGAUGUGUUGUAGUUAGCAACUCGGUAGUCAGUAUAGGAUCAACUUCAACCGAAGUGACAAACGGAGGAAACCCACUCUGACACUCGUCUGACCUAUUGGAGGGAUUAACAAAAGAAGACUCGGUUAACGCCGUCUCGUUUCGGACUAACCGCCCUCGGUGGUGUCGUGGUUAAGCCAUCGGACAUAAGGCUGGUAGGUACAGGGUUCGUAGCCCGGUGCUGUGUCCCACGCAGAGUUUUAACGACUCAGUGGAUCCCAUGACAAGCGGCUCAGUGGG